AUGGGCAUCAACUUGUUUACUAAUCGUCAAACAAAAAAUCCGUUGAAUGCUUUACUCUUGCUCACUGAUGGUCAAGACAAUGAAAAUCAUAACUAUACGCAAUUAAUGCAAACUCUACCCAGUGGUGUUCAAUGUCAUACAUUCGGUUACGGAUCCGAUCAUACGGCCUCAUUACUGGUACGAAUAGCUGAGCAAGGCAAUGGAGGCACGUUCACUUACAUUGAUGAACAAGAAGCAAUAGGUUCUGCAUUCGCGAUGGCUCUGGGUGGUCUAUUCACAUGUGUUGCACAACAAGUUCAUGUCAACAUCGAAUUUACUGGGGCCUAUAAGAUCACUCAUGUUCAUUCGAACUAUAAAUAUGAACCUGAACAACUACCGUCGACAAACCUCAAUAUCAAGUUACAUGAUUUGAAUGCCGAAGAAAAGCGAAAUCUUGUUUUUCAAUUAUAUGUACCUAAAACGGACAAUAAUGAACAGAAUGUAGACAUGACUAGUCAACUACCUAUGUCAGUGACUCAAUCUACAGAAGAAAUCCAACUAUUUGAAAAUCAAAUCAUUGGUAAUGUGACCGUUAUCUAUAUGGAUCCCAAUACUGGUCGCACAAUAACGACGAAUCCAGUUUCUUUCAACUUAGUACGAGGUUCUCAUCCUCCAGAUGAACUUCUUCGCGUCAAUCAUAUACUUGACAUUCAACGAAAUCGAGUAGAAACAGCACAUGCACUAGAACGAGCAAUGGCCGAGGAUAACUAUCGACAAUCACGUGCUAUUCUUAAAGCUCAAGUAGACAAGAUCAAAGCCAGUGUAUCUGCACAAGAUCCUUUCUGUCAAAAGCUAAUUAAAGAUCUUGAAUAUCAUUAUCCAACAGAACGUGACUAUCGAUCAUCACAACAUAAUACUUAUAUGUGUCACACAACGGAACGAGGUACAUACAUGCCAUCGUCCAAUACUAGUACACGACAGUACGUUAAUAGCUACCAAAGGCUAAUGGCUUCUGAUUUUGAAAGCAACAAAACUUCAUAA